UUCCUUUCAUUUCCUGUUUGUGAGGCGUAACGGUUGUUUUGUGUGUAGGGCACGCCAUAACACACAGGAGGAACAAAUCAUCAGAUCUGAGGAAAAAAACUCCUAUAAGUCCAUUUGUGUGCGGUUUCUGCGGUAAAGAGUGAUGAGGAUGAAGAUGGCGGCGGUGUUUGUGUUGGUGGCUCUCGGUGUCCUCGCGCCCGCUCUGGGAGGUGAGCACUCUCUAUUUUACACCUACACGGCUCUGUCCCAAACCCUCGACCUUCCCGGAAUCUAUGACUUCAUUGCACUGGGAACGCUCGACGACCGAGAACUCGACUACUACAACAGUAAGAGUCAGAUUAAGGUUCCUAAACAGGAUUGGAUGGCGAAGAAGAUGGCUGCGGAUUACUGGGACAAAGGCACUCUGUCCCGCAAGAGCAAAGAACAGUGGUUUACGGUCAACGUGGACAUCCUGAUAGAUCGUAUGAGACACAAUAAGUCCGAUCUCCAUGUUCUUCAGUGGAGACAUGGCUGUGUGAUUGAUGAAGGUCCAGAUGGAAGUAUUAAAUUUCUGAAAGGAAUUGAUGAGUACAGCUAUGAUGGUGCGGAGUUCCUCUCCUUCGAUGAGGUGAACUCGAGGUGGAUUGCUCCAGUCGCAGCUGCUGAGGUGACCAAAAGGAAAUGGGAUGACGUGGACAUCCUGAACCAGUACACCAAGGGUUACCUGGAGAAGGAGUGUGUGGACUGGCUCACCAAGUUCAUGGUUUAUGGAGAAGAGGAGCUGAGAAAGCGUUCUGCUCCAGUGGUGCAUGUGUUUACAAAGAAAGCAUUAAGUGACCCCGACAAGCUGACCCUGACCUGCCUGGUCACAGGGUUCUACCCUAAAGAUGUCAGAGUGUCUUUGAGGAAGCUCAAAACUUCUCUACCUGAACAUCUGGUCACAUCCAGUGGAGUCAGACCUAAUGGUGAUGGCACCUACCAGCUGAGGAAGAGUGUGGAGAUCCUGAAGAAUGAAGAGACAAUGUACGAUUGUUCUGUGGAUCACAUCACCCUUAAAGAACCAAUAAUUUCAGAUAACAAAGGACCUCGAUGCCUUGACUGUGCUGGACCAAAGAUUCAGAGUGGGAUUAUCGGAGGAAUAGUCGGAGUUGUAGUCACACUGCUUGUGGUGGGAUGCGUUUGUGUCAUCCUUAAAAGGAUGGGAAAAUUGUCAUUCUUGACUAGACACAGGGAUGAACAGGUUUACGUGAAUGGAAAUGGAUAUCAUCAGGCUCAUACAGAUGAUGGCGCCGCGAACGGACUCCAGAAUGGGGCUGCAAACGGCAUCAAGUGCUGAGCAGUAUGGAGAUGAGGAUCUCAACCAUGGACAUUGGAUUGUGGCUGAUUGACAGACGUAUCUCUUCAUAGCAGUCCUGAUUCGAGACAUUUAAGAAUACAAUCUUUUAAAUAAUGUUUUUAAAAAGCAUCGUGGCUAUUUUAAGUGCUUCCUGUCAUCUCUCGUUAGUGGAAGUUAGCGCCUUGUGAGAAAAUAAGCUGAAACGUCAAAUUCAUUUCACCGAAUGUAAAACUUUUUAACCAACUCGCUACUUAGCUUGAGCAUCACUAAAUUUCAGUAUUUUAACUACUUUUCUAUCCAUAAUGGGCACCGCAGCAGUUAUAAGUUUGUACACCCCUACUCUACUUGUUCGUAGGUUUGGUAUUUGAUGUUUGGUAUUUUAAAUUCUUCAGUGUUUCUCUCGAUGACUGUUUGUACACUGUUGGCAUCAUGUUAAGGUCAUUAGUGGACGAGUUUCUUGCCACCUUAAUGCGGUUGAGCUCAAACAGGAAAUAGCAAAUAAUAAAAAUACUCAAAGUAAAUACAGACGCUCUAUUCGACACCGCAACUGUAGUAAUGCAUAUUUAUAAAACAAGAUGGUGAAUGAGAAGGUGUCCAAAGUUUAGACUCGUACUGUAUAUACUUCUGGAUUUUUUAAGAACUUCUGCAUAUUGAGCUGUUACUUUUAAAGACUUUUAUUUUACCAGGUCAUUUCAGGUCACUUGAAACUUGGAUAAGGUUUUGUGGCAGUGGGGGCGUGGCCAAGUGCCAGUUUGUGAAUGGAGGGUGGGGCCAGGGAAGGUGAGUGGCAAAGUCAAUACACCUGUUGUUGAUUAAUGUUGCGCACACACACAUUAAUUGACAGCAGGUGUAUUGACUACCGCUCGCCCAGCCCUGCCCUCCAUUCUGAUGCUUGGCCACGCCCCCAUUGCCAAAGGCUUUAAAUCUGAACUGUUUUUUAUUAUAAACCUGAAUCAUAAAGCUGUAUGAUAAGGUAAUCUUGAUGUUCAGGUAUGUCAUGGUUGUACAGGGGCUUUCAAAAAAUUUGAUAUUAUUUGAGAUGUAAAUAUCCCAGAAACUACAUAGUCGAAGCAAAUGAAACUGAACAGGCUUAAUGUUGAGCAAAUAAGAUUUUAUUCCUCAAAAUUUGAAUGAAAAUUUCAAAAGGUAUGUGGACUCCAUGAACAAUUUCACAGAUUUUCAGUAUUCACGCCACCUGAAACACAAUCAGCCUUCCUCUUUGAACGUUUUGCACCGUGUCCAAAUCUGCAUUGCAGUUGGUGCAUUUUUAGAGAAUCUAUAUAAUAAGCGGCAAAGUUUGUUUGUUUGCCUUGAACUAACAUCGCCAUUUCUCAACGGGUUUUCGCCAAAUUUGGCAAAUAGGUCAGGGAAUGACCUGGGUAGCACGGCCUUGUUGGCCGCUGGGCUCGAACCCAGGACCUUCUUGCUGUGAGGUGACAGUGCUAACCACUACACCACUGUGCUGCCCAUCAGGAGAAACAUGUAUAGCUUAUAUUUGUGUUGCUCUAAUAAAGAAUAUAAAACUAGAAUUGUUUUAUUUUUAAUGUAUUGUAUAUCACAUACUAAAAAAAAAUUACACCCAAGCUUCACCCACCAGAACCCGGGCAACCUGCUAGUUCUCUGCUAGUACAGUCUUGUUCAACUACAAAACACAUUUUCUUUAGCAGUGAAUGGCAUUUCUGUACCUAAAAAGAUAAAAACAUUAAACAUAAAAUUUUGAUGGGGCAGCACGGUGGUGUAGUGGUUAGCGCUGUCUCCUCACAGCAAGAAGGUCCGGGUUCGAGCCCCGUGGCCGGCGAGGGCCUUUCUGUGCGGAGUUUGCAUGUUCUCCCCGUGUCCGCGUGGGUUUCCUCCGGGUGCUCCGGUUUCCCCCACAGUCCAAAGACAUGCAGGUUAGGUUAACUGGUGACUCUAAAUUGACCGUAGGCGUGAAUGGUUGUCUGUGUCAGCCCUGUGAUGACCUGGCGACUUAAAAUUUGAGCUCAAUUGAAUGAGAAUUGGCAAAGUUAUUAGACUAUGAAAUGAUAUCAAUUUUUUUUGAAACGCCCUACAUUUCUAUUUACUUGCAGUAUUUCCUAAAUAAAUUUUACUUUGAGUUCUG